ACUUUAUUCAGUUGACAGCAAGUAGGAGGGCUCUAUGGCAGGGGAAAAAAAGACAACACGAGAAAAAUUAGUAUUUUCUACCUUCAGAAAUUAAUGGCCAUGAGUUCGUAUAUGGUGAACUCUAAGUAUGUGGAUCCCAAAUUUCCUCCUUGCGAGGAAUAUUUGCAGAAUAGCUACCUAGGCGAGCAGGGGGCCGAGUACUACAGUGCCUCGCAGGGCUCUGAUUUCCAGCACCAGGGACUCUACCCACGGUCAAACUACAGCGAGCAGCCCUUUAGCUGUAGCAAUGCCCCAGGCUCUGCCGUGCAGCCGCGGGGUCACGGACAGGAGCAAUCCGGCCCGGCGAGCCACUUCCCCGGCCAAGCAGAGCAUUGUCCACCGCCUCCAAUGUCCAACUCGCGAGCCUGCAGCCAGCAGCCGGCCCUCAAACCCCCAAACGGGUCAGCACUUAAGCAGCCAGCAGUAGUUUAUCCCUGGAUGAAGAAAGUCCAUGUUAACUCGGUGAAUCCCAAUUACAACGGAGGGGAACCUAAACGCUCCCGCACAGCUUACACCAGACAGCAAGUCCUAGAACUGGAAAAAGAAUUUCAUUUUAACAGGUACCUGACCAGGCGCCGCCGUAUCGAGAUAGCCCACACUUUGUGUCUCUCUGAGCGCCAGAUCAAGAUCUGGUUUCAGAACAGAAGAAUGAAGUGGAAAAAAGACCACAAACUGCCCAACACGAAGGGCAGGUCUUCUUCCUCUGGUUCAAACCCCCAUUUACAGACUGGUUCCAAGGACCAUCAGACUGACUUGACAACUUUGUAG